AUGUCCAGUCCAAACAGCAGCCCGGAGCGAGAAGGUGGAGUCCCAGGGGUGGGGCAGAUGGAGGGUCUCUCCUCCCCCCCUGGUCUGGAGACUGACCCCACCUCCACGGGCAGCCCCGUCCUGAGCCCGGACUCCUCUUCCCACGACGCCGUGCAGUCAGCGCCCGCCGUCUCUCCCGCCGACUCUGAGAACCUGAGUCCGGACGAGCUGGAGCUGCUCGCCAAGCUGGAGGAGCAGAACAGGUUAUUGGAGGCAGACUCUAAGUCCAUGCGCUCCAUGAGUGGCUCCAGGAGGAACAGCGGCUCCUCUUUAGUGUCCAGCUCCUCCGCCUCCUCGAACCUGUCCCACCUGGAGGAGGACACCUGGAUCCUGUGGGGACGCAUCGUCAACGAGUGGGACGAAUGGAAACGGAAGAAAGACAAACUGCUUAAGGAGCUCAUCCGUAAGGGAAUUCCCCAUCACUUCCGGGCCAUAGUUUGGCAGUUGCUGGCCAACGCUACGGACAUGCCGGUGAAGAACCAGUAUUCGGAGCUGCUGAAGAUGUCCUCCCCGUGUGAGAAGCUGAUUCGCAGAGACAUUGCGCGUACAUAUCCCGAACACGAGUUCUUUAAGGGCCAGGACAGCCUCGGACAGGAGGUUCUCUUCAACGUCAUGAAGGCCUAUUCUCUGGUUGAUCGGGAGGUUGGCUAUUGUCAGGGUAGUGCGUUCAUUGUAGGACUGCUGUUAAUGCAGAUGCCAGAGGAAGAGGCAUUCUGUGUCUUUGUAAGGCUGAUGCAGGAAUACAGACUGAGGGAGCUCUUCAAACCCAGUAUGGCUGAACUGGGCCUCUGCAUUUACCAGUUUGAAUAUCUCCUCCAGGAGCAGUUGCCAGAGUUGAACGUUCACUUCCGCUCUCAGAGUUUCCACACCUCCAUGUAUGCUUCAUCCUGGUUCCUCACACUCUUCCUCACCUUCCUCCCUCUGCCCAUCGCCACUCGCAUCUUUGACAUCUUUAUGUAUGAGGGUCUGGAGAUUAUAUUCCGUGUUGGAAUGGCCAUCCUUCAGUACAACCAGACAGAUCUCAUACAGUUAGAUAUGGAGGGCAUGUCUCAGCACUUUCAAAAGGUUAUACCGCAUCAGUUUGACAGCUGUCCCGAUAAGCUCAUUCUGCGAGCGUACCAGGUCAAAUACAACCCCAAAAAGAUGAAGAAACUUGAAAAGGAAUACACCACAAUCAAGAACAAAGAAAUGGAGGAGCAAAUUGAAAUCAAGAGAUUACGCACAGAGAACAGACUACUGAAACAAAGGAUCGAGACACUGGAGAAGGAGAGUGCCGCUUUGGCAGACAGGUUGAUUCAGGGUCAGGUGACGAGGGCCCAGGAGGCGGAGGAGAAUUACGUGAUUAAGAGGGAACUGGCCGUGGUGAGGCAACAGUGCACCACAGCCAGCGAAAGCUUACAGAGAGCUCAGGACACCAUCAGAGAACUGCAGCAGCACCAGUACACUGAGCAGUUUGUGAGUGGUCUACAGACACAGCUGGAGGAGUCGCGACUGCGAGAGGCCGAGCUUCUCAGUGCCCUGAAGGAGAUGCAGGAUAAGGUUCUGGAACUGGAGAAGAGGAGUAGUUCUCUGCCUGACGAGACGAACGUGGCCCAGCUGCAGGAGGAGCUGAAGCAGAUGAAACUGAGAGAGAUGGAGACGUUGCGUUCGUUUCGAGAAAUGCAGGAGACCGUCACUGAACUCAACCAGCGUUGGCAGCACCAUGUGUCCCGUGGCGGAGGGGGUGGUCAUUGGAAGGAGUCUCCGAAGAAGAACGCGGUGAACGAGCUCCAGGACAAGCUGAUGGGAGUGCGUCUGAGGGAGGCCCAGUCCCAGGCCGAACUCAGAGAGGUCAAACUCAAAGCCCUGCAGCUGGAGAGCCAGAAUCAGAUUCAGAGUAAGCUGUUGAGUCGGCACGAGCAGGAGAGCGCCGCCCUGCUGGAGAGACUGCAGCACGUCACCUCACUGAACAAAAGUUUACAGAGCCAGCUGAGCGAGAUGAAGAGAAAACAGGCAGAGUCCGACUGCAAGAGCAAAGAGGAGGUGAUGGCCGUCCGACUGAGAGAGGCAGACAGCAUGGCCGCCAUGGCUGAACUCCGACAGAAAAUCGCUGAGUUAGAGAUACAGAAAGAAGAGGGUCUGAUCCAAGGUCAGCUGAACAAUUCUGACUCCAGACAGUACAUCAGUCAGCUACGAGAGCAGAUCGCAGAACUCAAGAACGAGAUCAGGCAGUUACGCGGCCAGCCCUCCAAGUUCCCCAGCGCUGGCGGCGGGGCCUACGAGGACCUGUGUCUGGCCAGCCCCGCUUCGGGCGAGGGCGAUUACCUCAGCUCGGAUGAGGACCUUCUCCCGAUCCCCCUACCGGGGACCGCCUUGUAUCCGCAUCACCCGUCCCCGCGGCUGGACAGCGACGGUAGCACUGACAGCGAGGUGGAGGAGAGGAGUGUGGAGCCUCUCCAGGACCCCCUGCCCCCCCAGCAGCAGAUGUACCCCGGGAUGGUGUGUGCCGAUGGCAUGGACAACUGA